AUGGAACAGAAGCAGAAAAUAAAGACGGUGAUGUCCAGAAUGACCCCACAAUCCGCAUCAGAAGCCACAUUGGAAAGUGGAUCUUAUGAAAUCCAUUAUAUUAGAAAAGAAUCUGUAUUUUAUUUUGUUGUAUGUGAGAAGGGAUACCCACGUAAUUUGGCAUUCUCAUAUCUAAGUGAGAUCGCUGAAGAAUUUCAACAUUCUUACGGAAACGAAGUUAAUAAAACGACAACAAGACCAUAUGCAUUUGUCAAUUUCGAUUCGUUUUUACAAAAGACCAAGAGAAUCUAUAGUGAUAAGAAGGUUCAAGAUAACCUAGAUCAAUUGAAUCAGGAAUUAGUUGGUGUUCAGGAAAUUAUGUCCAAGAAUAUUGAAGACCUAUUAUACAGAGGAGAUUCACUAGAAAAAAUGAGCGAUUUAAGUGCAUCACUGAAAGAAUCAUCCAAGAGAUAUAGGAAAUCGGCACAGAAAAUCAAUUUCGAUCUUCUCAUUAGUCAAUACGCACCUAUUGUCCUGAUUGCAUUUUUCACUGUAUUUUUAUUCUGGUGGAUUUUUUUGAAAGGAUGA